AUAGCGAACAUAAAUUAUAUUGUGACGAAUGAGUAUGGACUAGGAUCACAUCGUUUAUAAAAUAAAGCGAGAAAUAUCGUUUUAUAUCAUUAAUUCUUCAACACACUCAUUAUUUUUAUUAUUUUCUUGUAUUAAAUCAAAAUGAUUUUUUUUAAGUGUAGCUUAAUAACAUUUACAACUUUAAUAAUUGCAAUUUGGGUCAUGCCAGUUACUUCAGAUAAUUCUAAAGAGAAACAACUUGGUGAUGAAAAUUCUAAAAAUAAAAAACCUGGUGAUAUAGAACCUGAUGUUGCAAAACCUGAUGAUGUAGAUCCUGAUAUAAAAUUUUUGCAAACUGGAUGUAAAGAUCUUCUAACCAAUUAUACUGAUUUUCGGAACGACGGUGAAAAUAUCGACAAAGAAGGAACUAUAAACAUAGGUACGUUCAUUGUGUUUUUUUGUUAAUUAAGUUAUCAAUUC